ACGGACGGGAAGUUAGAAGUUCAGAACUUGGAAAGGAGAACAGUCCGAUUAUUUCAUCACCGUCUCUUCGGCUCUGGCAUCCAAAAUUCGACAAUUCACCUUUCUCCCCUGUUGUUUCAUCCAGGUAUCUCCCGUUUCAACGUAACCACCACAUAAUUAAGAAUCUCAAUCAACACGCUAUGUAACAAUAUGCUUGUAUACUUUUGGAUUUACAGCACCUUGUAAUCGGUUUUCACAUUUGAAUCGAGGCGAUUGUUUUCUCAGACCCUGUAAUGGUUUUCUGACUAGGAAGGACUGUAGCUAUUUGCAGACAACCGUCAAUGUCGCUCUUGUCUGGCCACUCACACCGUUGUGGUGUCUAGCAGUACUCAUGCACGGUUUGAGUCCUUAGAAGAACUUCCAUCGUCUCUAUCAGCUUCUUCAUUCACAUAUGCCUCUUCAACAUACCUUUACGGUUAUCAAACGCCUCUUCACAUGUUAUUUCAAGCGAUGGAGUUAGAUCUGUAUCUGCCCCGUUCCAUCUCUGUCUGCACGAACCAAAAGGUUCACCGCUGUUGAGGGCUAUUUGAAUGAAGCGGCUUACGAACACUUUGAGGAUUCCAAAAAGUGGCCAUCAUUUUGCUACGUAUUUAAAAAGAAAAGACCUAUUUCACGCCUACAGAGUGUUCGGUAAAACGCCUCAAUGGGAAGCAAAUAAAGAGAGGCAGAGAUAAUGAGCAAGCACAAUAGAAGAUGCAGUAGACGCAAGGCACAGGAAGUUAUUCUGAAACAAAGCACAUACAAGAAUGAUAUAAGUCAUUUGGAGACUUCUAGCAACCAACAAAACCUUUCUUAUUGUAUGGAUACCGCAGAGGAUACUCCGAUCCAAACAGAUACAGCUGGCUGCCAAAAAUUUCUUCUUGAAGAAGAAUCUUCUGCAAAUUUGCUUUCCCCAACAAAAAGACCUUCAGAAGAAAAUAUGCAUGGGAAAAAGAAGAAAAAGAAAAAUAGUAAAAAGAUUUAUUCUGAAACCAUCACGAAACCAGAGGUUGUGACCCCCGAAGCAGAGUUAAUUGUACAAUUGUCAACUCCAGAGCUUCAAGAGCUAGAUAUGAACAUUGAGGCAAACAGUUCCAAUAGAAAGCCAAAGAGGAACAAGAAAAAAAAGCCUAAUAUACCCACUAGUGAUCCUGUUGUUGUGGACACUUCUUCUGCACCACAACCACUGACAUUUGAGGUAGAAUCUGGUACUAAAAUUUAUUCUCCAGAGCCCCAAAAGUUGGUUUUAAGCCCAAUAGAAGAUAGUUUGGAACAAAAUAUGUCCAGGAAAAAGAAGGGAAAGAAGAAGAGAAAAAGUAAAAAUAUUUCUACUGAAGCCAUGACUAAUUCUGAGCUUACUCUCCCAGAAGCAGACUCAUCUUUACAAUUGCCAGAUCCAAAGCUUCAUGAGCUAGAUAUAGACAUUGGUGCAAAUAGUUAUAACAGAAAGCCGAAGAAUAAGAAGAAGAAGAAGAAGAAGAAGAAGAAGAAUAAACUAAAUAUGCUCACAAGUGAUGGUGUUGAUAUGGACACUGCUGCACAACCACUUGCACUUGAGGUAGAAUCUUCUGUGGAUUUGCAUUCUUUAAAGCCUCAGGAGUUAGUUUUGAACCCAACUGAAGAUCUUCUGGGAGAACAUAUGUCCGGGAUAAAAAAUAGAAAGACGAUGGAGAAAAGUAAAAAUAUAUCUACUGAAGCCAUGACUAAUCCUGAGGUUACUCUACCCCAAGUAGAUCCAUCUCUACAAUUUCUAGCUCCAGAUCCUCAAAAGCAAAAUUUAAACAUUGAGGCAAUUGGGUCUAGCAGAAAGCAUAAGAAAAAAAGAGUAAAUAAGCCUGCAAGUGAUGUUGUUAUUUUGGACUCAACAACUUCUGAACCACUACCACUGGAGCAUCAAGUGGGGUGUACACGUUUGACCAAAGAUAUAUCAGAACAGUGCCAAAGUGGACAAAAGAGUUCAAAUAGGAAAAGGAAGAAGAAAACGAACGCUACAAGUAAUGCUGCUGAUGUCCACACAAUGUCUGGCCCUCAACCACUGGAACUAGAGCUUCAAGAGAUGGAGACAAAGCUGACCAAAGAUACAGAGGAGUUGAACGAAAGUGUCCAAAAGUGUUCAAGUUCAAAUGGGAAAAAGAAGAAGAAAAAGAAGAAUCUUACAUGUGAUGCUGCUGUUAUUAACACAACUACUUGUGAACCACAACCAUUUGCUAAAGAGCUUCAAGAGAUGGACACAAGUUUGACCAAAGAUAUAGAGGAGCAGAAUGAAAGUGGCCAAAAGUAUUCAAAUGGGAAAAAGAAGAGGAAGAAAAAGAAUCUGGCAAGUAAUGUUGGUGAUACAGAGUCAACUGGUCAAGUACUUGUUCAGCCGGAGAGUCUUGAGAGAGUUUCACUUUCUCCUAUAGGUAUUGAUGAAAAAAAUGAAAAUGGGCGGAAGAGAAAGAGAGGAGAAAUUGAUGUAGAGUUGGCUGCACAGAUGUCGGAACCUGAGAACCAAGAGAAGGAAAAGAAGGCAAAAAAUGUAAAGGGACAAGGUGAUGAAAUAGAUCACGCUAAGACUGCAACACAAGUCUCACUAUCUUCUAGGAUGGAAGAGACUGAAGCUCUGUGUGCAGAUUCUGCAAUGUUGUGUUGUGCGGAUCUUAAUGAAAAACACGGGUCUCAUUUAGCUUCUCCUGAAAAGAUUUCAGCUGCUGAAAGUUGCAUUGAUCAGAACCAUCUUUCAUCCGGCUUAGAGGUAACAAUGGAAUCCAUGGAUGUCGGCAGACGCUUGAAGAGAAAGCUGCUCAUUCUUGAUUUGAAUGGACUACUUGCAGAUAUAAUUAUGCCACCACCAAAAGACAUAAAACCGGAUACAAGCUUUCUACGAAGGGCGGUAUUCAAGAGACCCUUCUGUGAUGAUUUUCUGAAGUUCUGUUUUGAGAGAUUCGAUGUGGCAAUCUGGUCUUCUAGAACGAAGAGAAUUAUUGAUAGAGUGGUAGAUUAUUUAUUGGGAGAUCUGAAGCACAAGUUGUUAUUUUGCUGGGAUAUGUCUCAUGCUACCCCGACCAAAUUCAAGACUCUUGAAAACAAUGACAAACCAUUGGUCUGUAAGGAUUUAAGGAAAAUAUGGGACCCACCCUACCCUGGUCUACCCUGGAAGAAAGGAGAUUAUGACGAGUCAAACACUUUGCUAUUGGAUGAUUCUCCUUACAAGGCCCUGCUCAAUCCUGCUCACACGACAAUCUUUCCAUAUUCCUACAACUUCAGGGAUAAACACAGGGAUAACUCUUUGGGCCCUGGUGGUGAUCUUCGUUUGUACUUGGAAAAGUUGGCAGAUGCUGAGCACAUACAGAAAUUUGUUGAACAACAUCCAUUUGGGCAAAGUGCAAUUAGUGAAAAACACCCCAGUUGGGGUUUCUACUCCCAAGUUAUUAACAGUCUUUCAUCGUGAUCAGUCCAACGUUGGUGCUUCUCUCUUAAUUUUUUGUGUAACUUCAAGUCAUACUAACUCACUGCAUCAUUUUUGCUGGGGUAGUGAUUGGAAAAAAUUACACAUUACCUUGAUAGAUUUUGUACCACCAGUUGUAGUUAACAUUACUCAGUUUAAUUGAACAAGUCCUUUUGACGUGUUAAACAUUUUUGAGCUAAAAGCCAUUGGCUUUGUUGGUUUUAGUUUGUACUAGAUGGUUGGUGAGUUGUGGUAGAUUUGGAAAUGUAUUGAAUGAAAGGGCAUGCCCAACUGCCCAAGAGCCCAUUGUCAUGGGUAUUCAAGUGUUUGCCCAAGUGACUAAAUUGGUUGAAGUGUUGAACUUCAUCAUGAUUAAAGCGUUUGGUA